GACAGCCAGAGAGUGCCUGCCAUGGUAACACACAAACAUGUAGCCUGUGCAUGUUAGCGUAACAAUCACACGGCACCCCCGUGAGUCAGUUACACACAGUCACUCAACAGUCUCUGGGUAUCUCAAGCCCGCAUUCAAUCAGCCCAGGCCCCUGUGGCUUCAGAAACAUCUUGGCCACUGAUCAGGUGGAGCUCAUACUCAAAACCCAUCCCAGGCAACUUUGGCCAGCUUGUGUGUUCAACUGUCUCAGAGCCUGGCUUGGCAUUGGAAGUUUUCAGCCCAGGAAGCCUGAGUGAAGUGGGCACCUUAGAGGGAUUUUGAUGCAUUCAGGAGAGACUGUGAUGGUAGCCCCCCUACACACACACACACACACAGGCACACACACUGACACACAUGUGCACAUGAGCAGAUAGGCUUGAGUCUGCAGCUCACAAACUUCUUCAUGAUUGCCCACCUCGUCCAAAGUCUCUUGAGGUUCUUAGAGAAAGGAUUGAUACCCAUUUUACAGAGGAAGCUGAGGCCAGCAAAGAAUAGUGUUUUGCUUAAAGGAAAGGAUGCGAUAGAGCCGAGAAAAUGUAGGGCCUCUGCGUCCCAGCCUCGAAUCUUUCUGUUUCACUGCAGCUGUGAGCUGCAAGCCUAGAAGGCGGCUCACAUCAACGUGGGCUAAUUCACGCCCCGUUACCCACUCUACCCGAUCCCACCUCCAAAGCCAACGCCUCCCCUUCGGUGGCCGCUGGGGAAAAGGGAGAGAACUGCCAUAGCUUGUCUCUUUAAUGCGCGCCCCCGGAGGCCCGGCGCGCCCCUGCCACUAUAACUGGAGUGCAUGAAGCAGGCUGCGCUCAGAGGAGGAAGGGCGGGAGCUGGGCACCCGUUGACUGACUUUUCUAAGUGCGAUCAGUGCCCGUCCGUCCCGCCUCCAUGGACCCAUCCGGGGACAGCCACUGCUGAGGACCCCACGCCCACUAGGAUUGCCGCUGGGUCGCACCCAAGCUACCGCACCGCGACCCCCGCGGGCUGUGCCGGCUCCCCCGCCUCUGCCCGCAGCUGUUGCCGUCGGGCCAGGGCUCUGCCGCCGCCACGCCUCGCGCCCCAAGCUCACCGACCGAUGCUGGUGCACACCUACUCCGCCAUGGAGCGCCCCGACGGGCUGGGCGCAGCGGCUGGCGGGGCCCGCCUGUCGUCUCUGCCGCAGGGGGCCUACGGGCCGGCGCCCCCUCUCUGCCACACGCCGGCCGCCGCAGCUGCCGCCGACUUCCAGCCGCCCUACUUCCCGCCACCCUACCCGCAGCCACCACUGCCCUACGGCCAGGCGCCCGACGCCGCCGCAGCCUUUCCCCACCUGGCAGGAGACCCGUACGGCGGCCUGGCGCCGCUGGCGCAGCCGCAGCCUCCUCAGGCCGCCUGGGCCGCGCCCCGCGCCGCAGCCCGCGCCCACGAGGAGCCACCCGGCCUGUUGGCACCGCCUGCCCGCGCCCUGGGCCUUGACCCGCGCCGUGACUACGCCGCAGCCGUGCCCCGGCUCCUGCACGGCCUGGCCGACAGCGCGCACGGCCUCGCAGACGCACCGCUCGGCCUUCCCGGGCUGGCGGCGGCAUCCGGUCUGGAGGACUUGCAGGCGAUGGAUGAGCCGGGAAUGAGCCUCCUUGACCAGUCCGUGAUCAAGAAAGUGCCCAUCCCCUCCAAAGCCCGCAGCCUCUCAGCCCUCUCCUUGGCCAAAGACAGCCUGGUAGGCGGCAUCACGAAUCCCGGUGAGGUCUUCUGCUCCGUGCCUGGCCGGCUUUCACUGCUCAGCUCAACGUCCAAGUACAAGGUGACGGUGGGGGAGGUGCAGCGGCGACUCUCGCCUCCUGAGUGCCUCAACGCCUCCCUCCUGGGGGGUGUCCUCCGCAGGGCCAAGUCCAAAAAUGGGGGCCGGUGUUUGCGGGAACGGUUAGAGAAGAUUGGGCUCAACCUGCCAGCUGGCCGUCGCAAGGCUGCCAACGUGACACUGCUGACUUCGCUAGUGGAAGGAGAGGCCGUGCACCUGGCCCGAGACUUCGGUUACGUCUGUGAGACCGAGUUCCCAGCGAAGGCAGCUGCCGAGUACCUGUGCCGCCAGCACGCUGACCCUGGGGAGCUGCACAGCCGCAAGAGCAUGCUGCUGGCCGCCAAGCAGAUCUGCAAGGAGUUUGCAGACUUGAUGGCUCAGGACCGCUCGCCGCUGGGCAACAGCCGCCCAGCACUCAUCCUGGAGCCCGGAGUGCAGAGCUGCUUGACACACUUCAGCCUCAUCACCCAUGGCUUCGGUGGGCCUGCCAUCUGUGCUGCCCUCACGGCCUUCCAGAACUACCUGCUGGAGUCACUCAAGGGGCUGGACAAGAUGUUUCUAAGCAGUGUGGCCAGUGGGCAUGGUGAAACCAAGGCUUCAGAGAAGGACCCCAAGCAUCGGAAAUAACUCCUUCUCCCAACCCAUACCUAAGGGGCUUCCAGGGCCUGAAAUGGGGACUUAGCUCCUGGGGGUGGACCUGAAAGGACUGAAAGGUGGGAUUCAAGACAGACCAGAAAGAGAACAUUCAUCUACAGAUCCCGGAGUUGGGGAUCUGGCUUGGAGUAAGGGAGGUGGCCUCUUUGGUGGUGUCUUGGUAAGUUAAGGGCCCAGGUAUUUGUCUCAAGUGUGCAAUUUCUGACCUUUGAUGGCUGAGAAGGGUUUGGACAGAAAAUUGACAUGAAAAGGUCUGGCUCAUAGGGUACAGCCCUUUCUGUUACAGUGCCUGGGUGGCUGUGGGUGCUUCUAGAGGCCAAAGCCUUUGUGUUUUUCACUGUUGGCAGGAGGGCAAUUGUUGAUAAAUCAGAGGUGCUACUGAGGAGAUGGUGCCCCUCAUUCCAGAAUCUUCUACCCCCAGAAAAGGGGUGCUGGAAGGAGGCCCCAGUGGACUCUUUGUACCCUUCCUACUCUUGGAGAGAAGUGGGCAGGAGGUGCCCUGGAGGAACAAAGAAGAUAAAGCACAAACUGCAGAACUCAAAUCCAUCUAGGCUGCUCAUCACAGUCCUGUUGUUGUCUGUCCUAUAUAUUUAUGUAUGUUGUAAUUAAAUUUGAAAAUUUAAAA